UCACGUAGAGCUUUUUCUUUUUCGUCUGCUGAUUGUGCGGCUGCAGCACCAUCGGAUAAAAAAGGAGAUGUGUCAGAUGGGGCAACAAACAAGCAAUAGACAGUGUAAGCGAAUCGACUGGAUCUAACGGCUGCAGAAUUAAGUGGAUGUGUUCGAAGGUGAAUUCCUGCUAGCCACUACAUACAAUGGCACACGACUCGGUUAACUUCGACCCUAACCUCUAACCAUCACUGGCUCCAGUGACGGCCCCCACCGAUUACCAACUGGGUAAAUCGUUUACUAGUGCUGUGGCCUCUCCUAAUGCUCCAAUAAUCCAUUCUACGACGUCUGGUUGUGUUUGUUCUCUUCACUACGGCUGCUGUUGCCGUUGCCGCUCCAACCAUCACUAGCACUGCGCUCUCCGUUCUGCUGUGCCUACAGCCCUGUCACUGUGCUGUUGCUACCAGUAAUUGCUGCUGUUUAGCCGUUGAGAUGGCUAGUUGACAACAGCUGUGUCGUGUUGUCGCUAUUGUUUCGGACAAAUAUCGUAUACUGCUGUUUCUGUUGCUGCCAGGCCUGCCAACGCUGAAUAUAUAGUGACUGAAUGAGUGACGAUCGUGCCGAUCGUUUUCCUGGCAGUGCAUCAUUGUUCGUUAAUGGAAUACAGCUAACUUGGCCAGCUCAAUGCCAUAUUGUCCAUUUCGUGCUGGUGCUCAUUUGCGGUUAAUGUAUUACAUUGCAGCAGUUGCGGUACAGUUCCGUACAGUGAUUGUUGUCAGUGCAGAUUGACCAUUGCCAUCCGUGUCGUUAACGCCGUCAAGCGUGUUAGCAUUUUGUCCGUACGACAUUAGCAGCAGCUGUGCGAUCUACUGCUGCUGCUGAGACUGCAGCUAAAACUGGUCCUUAACAACGAAUAACAAUCUCCCUAAAACAACGAAAGAUUCAUCUGCCAUCGACCACAUACAACGGUGGCAGCAGAAGAAGAAGCAGUAGCAUUGGCAUCAUCGUCAUCAUCACCAGCAUCGUUUGCCGUGUGACUGUGAGCCCUGUUACUAUUGGUGCCGCCUGUUUGAUUCAGUGCUGAUCGCUGUGCUGACUGCAGUGGCAAAAAUUCGAAGCAGUAGUUGUUGGUCAUCGUGUCAGCCGCCACCUGCCUUGUGCUGCUAGUAGCAGCAUCGCAAUGUUGUCGUGGGUAGCAAAAGCCUUCUCAAAGUGAAGCGGCGGGCCCUGUCCGUUCCAGAACAUAGUCUUUCCUUAUAUUGAGGGCUGAGGUAACCGUGCGUAACACGUCGCUACCCAGUUUCAAAAACAGUAAUAGAAAAAAUAAGGAAGACCGCAAGUGGCUAAAUCUGUGGUAUUUGCAAAGAGUUUUGUUUUGUGUGAUGGUAGCCACAGCCGUUCGUGACAAACCAAAUAAAAACGCAAACAGUUAGAGGAUCGAUAACGUGUUUCUGCGUGUGACGUCGUUGUCGUCGUCGUCAGCAGUGAGUUUCCGUUAGUGUCAGUUGCACAAGGUACUGUCUUGAAUAUCCCUUUAUAAUAUGUAAAGCUGUUUACACAUCUAGCAGGCAUGAGACAAUGUGUAAGUACAACUUGGGUUGAGAUAAGAACUCAGAGCUCUGCUGGGCCGAUAGCACGUACCAGUAGGUUCUAUGUGGUCGAUAUAUACAGAAGCCCUUCCAUCUGGCCUUUAUUAGUAGCAACCAGCAGCAAUGCUGCUCCUUGCCCCCUUCGAAUGUCACUGCUGCCAGGUACGCUUUUAGGCCUCAUUUAAUGGCAAGCAUCGCAAGCUGACGCCUAGUGACCGUGCCUGCGGUAACGAUGGCGUCAACCACCACUUUUGCCAUUUAUUGUAAUUUAGGUAUCAGUAUCCGCUGCCGCCUAUUCUGUUGCUACACUAUUCACAAAGCAGUUGCAUAACUAGUAGUCGUAGGUGGUCUAUUGGUUGCCACUGCGUCUCCGGAAGCAGCGAUGGACGGAGCGUAAACAGCCCGAGUGACGUGAAGUCACUGUAACCACGACCACCAAAUCCUUCUAUGUAUGUGCACAUAUAUAUAAUAACGGAUGUAACGCCAAACAUCAAUGUAUGUCAUAUGUAAGGUGCCCUCGUCGGAUCCUCAAAAGCAUAUGACCAAAGUGAGUGACUAAAUGGCCGGUCGAUUUACUCGCAGGCCAACAAGUAAAACAAAUGUCACCAGUCCCAAUUUAGUAAUACCUCGCAAAAAACAAUAACCACUCUACUUUGUUUAUUGUUUGUUCGGUCGGUUUCUGUCGUUCGUUUGACGAAAUACGUCGAGAGAAGGAAAGACACAUGUGCGCGACUGGACUGUCAGUGUCUCGUGACAAAUUCUAUCUAUGCGUAAGCUUUAUGGCGCUUGUGGUGCUGACAUUAUUCUCGAGAUCACCUGAAGUUACUACAGCAGACUAUUGACUAAGCGACAAUGAGAUUUUCUGCUUAUCUUGUUUGGCUUCUGGCGGUGUUUUUCUCGCAUCUGUUUGCUCUGGCUUUUUAGCUGUUUCGAACACUGCUGCCGGCACAGAACGUGUGGUGCUUAUAAGUAGGCAAUGUCUGAGUAAAGGAUUUGCUUAAAUGGGGUAAGAUCGUUAGAGUUCCCUCGAAGAGAAAUUCUCCUUGGAGAGAGGAACAAACGGGAGAGUUAAGUUUGCUGGUGCUGUAGUUUUCCAAACAAAUAGCAGAAGAAACAAGACCGCUAAGUGGCGAUACUAGAGGAUCUCAAAUUAUAGGACGAACUCAGAUGUAAACAAUAACUAAAUGUUAAGGAAAAAAUUUCAAAACCGUUAAAUUUGAAUCCCCCAUCGUAGAAAAAUAAGAAAGGGUUACAACAGAUGCAAGCGUCCACGAGGGAAAGCGAACCGACACAUUAUGCCACUGAUAUUAACGACAAGGAACUUCAGCUCUGUCUCUUUAUAUAGCAAAGGAAUACUUAUAUACGAAGCUUGUGGUUUGCGGGGGUAAUAAUUAUCCUAUUGAUAUUCGCCAGCGUUAUGUUUGCAAGGCCAUCGGUUUCGCUAGCUGUCGCUAUCUCCGUUGCCGCUACUGCUUCCAACAAGAGCAGCGACAGCCUGUCCGUGCGUGAACUAACUUUUAGGUAUAGCUAAAUGAAGAAGAUACUUUCAGGUCUAUCGCUUCAACGACUUACAUUUCGGUCGCAUUCGCGUUUGCUGGAAAUAUUGUGAAUAUCUAGAAUAUAGCACAACAACAUUCCAUCAUGUCGGAAUCGGGACCUUACAACUAUUCCUACAUCUUUAAGUAUAUCAUUAUUGGUGACAUGGGAGUCGGCAAGAGUUGUCUGCUGCAUCAAUUCACUGAGAAGAAAUUUAUGAGCGACUGCCCACACACAAUCGGCGUUGAAUUUGGUACCCGUAUCAUUGAGGUCGCUGGGCAAAAGAUCAAGCUGCAGAUAUGGGACACUGCAGGACAGGAACGAUUCCGUGCUGUAACUCGUUCUUACUACCGGGGCGCGGCCGGUGCCCUGAUGGUGUAUGAUGUGACACGUCGCAACACCUACAACCAUCUCAGCAGCUGGCUUACGGAUGCAAGGAAUCUAACGAAUCCGAACACGGUGAUUUUCCUGAUUGGCAACAAAAGCGAUUUAGAGGCGCAACGUCAAGUGACCUACGAGGAGGCGAAGCAGUUUGCCGAAGAGAAUGGGCUAAUGUUCCUCGAGUGUUCGGCUAAAACGGGUGAGCGCGUUGAAGACGCUUUUCUCGAUACGGCGCGCAAGAUCUACCAGAAUAUUCAGGAUGGCAACCUCGACCUCAACGCAGCGGAGUCCGGUGUGCAGCACAAGCCACCAUCGAAUAACACAAUUCUUGGCAAUAUCCAGGACAAAAAGGAUUCAUGCAAUUGUUGAAAUGAGUAUAGCCCCAUUGCUCCUAAACACAAGACAUCUUCUGCUCAACCACAGCGUCCACGAAGUCCAGCUGUCAAAUGGGCAAGUAUCUAUCGCCCUUGUUAUGCUUGUAUCACUCGUUGAUGAAAUGUCGGGAAACGAGAAAAAAUUAUUGGUUCUUAUUAUUACGAUUGCUGCUGUCAUUAUUAAAAAUUACAGGAGCAGAUACACUCAAGAUGAUUCCCAAGGCGGCUCAUUGGCCCGUCACAACUACUAAUUUUUUUGUCCCAGAGAAACUUAAUUGUUUAUUAUACGGAUAUAACACUCCGAUUAUACAUGAUAACAUCCAUCAUAACAAUAGGUAUUAAAUGUCAAAGAGUAAUAAUUGGGUGUGUGAGAUAGGAUGAGAAUUGUAAGAAACAUAGGAACACGAUAAAACGUUGAAACAGAUGACCGGAAACCAAGAAACACAGAAGACACGGUCGAACAAGGUAAAUAAAUAUGAUGGUAAAAGGUUGAAAAACGAUCAGUUGGCUGGUCAAUUGACAGAUGACUCGUGUCGUUGCAACCCAUAAAGCCUGUGGCAGAUUCUUUCUAACUCUGACAUUACGACUACAUUACUUCGUGUUUUAGGUUUUAAGUGGUGUUCAGUUGGUGGCAACCGGGUACUAGACACGGCCUGUAAAUCUAUACUAUAAUUAUCAGACUGAAUUUUGCAAGAAGAAUGGAUGUAUGUUUUAUCUCUUUGCAUAAAUAUAGUUACUUGAGCAAUUAGACAUAGAAUUGCAUACGUUCACAGACAAAGAAAUCGCAUUAAUUAACCGUGGGCAAAUGCCACAACAAGCGCAUAUCCCUGUUCAACUAAAAUGAAAAUCAGAACCUUACGAGCAACUCUCAGCAUCACUGAAACAGACUAGGUCUCGUCGAGGUGCCGUUGUUGAUACUGCGUAAGAAUGUUGUGCAUUGAUGUCAAGUACUUUUGCCAGCUUACUUGAAGCCAACGAAUUGUGAAUGCAGCAAGAUUCCUUUGUCGGAAUACAGCUGCUCGCGUUUUGCUA